UUUCCCUCCCCUUCCGCCCAAACACACAGAACCUGAGGCGGUUGCCCUUUCUCUUGUGUCUGUUUCCUUCUCUUUGCAUCGGCGCCGCCAUUGCCUGCCGAAGCAAGCUCCUGAGUUGGAUUCCCCACUCUUCCGGCUCCCCUCCGCUGCGAGCUGCGUCAGUGCCACGCAGCCUGCGAGCCUCCGGAGCCACCGUUUACCACUAGCGGCUACGGAACGCUGUCGCAAGCCGACCGACGCCUUCUUCCCCAUCGUGUUGGCCAUCAGCAUACCUGCCCCAACCACAUCAAAUAGCUGAGAUAGCCCGUGGAUGUAAGCGACGGGCUUUCUCCAGCAAGCUGUGAGGAUUUCCGCGGAUUCAGGUGGCUGCCUCGAGGGCUUCUUAGCAACAGGUGUAAAGAGGAGAGCUCUCGGCGCUGGAAGCUAUUGACAAUGCGGGAACUUGUGACAAUUCAAGUUGGUACUUAUGCGAAUUUCAUUGGAUCUCAUUUUUGGAACUUUCAGGAUGAGUUGCUUGGACUUGCAGAGGAACCCAAUAGAGAUCCCCUUUUCAAGAGUUCAGACUUAGACAUGGAUGUACUUUAUCGGACUGGUGAAACACAAAAGGGCAUUCCUACGUACUGUCCUCGUUUGUUGUCUGUUGGUUUCCAAGGUUCUUUGGGUUCUCUAAAUAUUUCAGGAUUUCUGUAUGAUCAUAUACAAUCACCUAAUCCUGAUGUCCUGACAUGGACAGGAAAUGUAGCUAGAUUGGUAGCAGAACCUCACCCAAAGAAUUUGUUUCUGCAGAGCUUGUAUGAGGAAGAGCAUGGGAAGUUAGAUGCCUCUGAGGAUGAUCCUGCCAGCAGUCUUACGAAGUCGAUUCAAGAUAUUGCUCGGGUUGAAUGCCUUGAAAAUGAUGUUAAGUUUUGGACAGAUUUUUCCAAGGUUCAGUAUCAUCCUCAGAGCUUGUAUGAACUUAAUAACUCAUGGACAGACAUCAACAAGUUUGAUAAUUAUGGAAUCGGUAAGGAUGUUCUCUCAGGAGGGUUGCUGCUAGAAGAGAUGAAUGAGCGGCUGCGUUUCUUUAUUGAAGAGUGUGAUCAUAUUCAGGGUAUCCAAUUUGUUGUUGACGAUUUUGGAGGUUUUUCUGCUGCAGCUGUAGAAAUUCUUGAAGAUAUUGCAGAUGAGUACACAAAUACGCCUGUUCUGCUUUAUUCUGUAAGAGAUCCCUGUGUUUAUGCAAAUGCUAUUAAUCAGAAAUCAAUUGCAAGAGCUCUUCAUGACGCUGUCUCCUUUUCAAGGCUAUCUUCCUACUGUCAUUUGAUGAUACCAGUUGGGCUGCCUUCUGUUAGAAGAGCCUUUUCCCCUCUACUGUUGGUGGAAGAUCAUAAGCCUUACCACACCAGUGCUGUAUAUGCUUCUUCAAUGCACUCUAUUAGUAUUCCAUUUAGAAUGCAAAUGCCUGGCCCUGCUACAAGUUCGACCUUCACUUCUGGUGCUAUGGAUGUUGGGGAGAUUGUUCACACACUUUCUGGUCAAUCUAGGCAAAAUAUGGUGACAAGUUUGGCCAUAGCAAUGCCACCUCCGUCUUUGAUAGAGGAGAAUAAUCAAGGGACUAUUCUCAGAAAUUUACGUUCAUUGACCCCUGAACUUAAAGAGGAUCAUGAGGAUUUACUAGCUACAGAAUCCUUGGUUGUCCAAGGAGCCUUUUACUCAGAUGGUCAUCGAGCAACACUAUCUCAAGUUGAGGAUUCGCUAUGUGCAGCUUAUCAAAGAGAGCCUUCAAAACCGUUGUUCUCCCGCCUUUCUGUUGCCCUCUGUCCUCUCCCGGUACCACUUCCUUUUCCAUCCAUUUUUGGGAGCAAAAUCGGUCAACAUGGUGAGUUAGAGUAUGAUGCAGUUCAAGGGGUUCGACCAAGAGGAUCACUUGAUGUGGAAUCUAUCCCCAUGGCUACAAGACUAAGGUCAAGCUGUGCUAUUGUGCCUUUUUUGGAGAAAAGGUCAGGGGAUCUACGCAAGUAUGGGAUAGCAAGAGGAGCUCCAGGGGCUGGAUUGCUCUGCGGCUGGGGCUUUGAAAAGGACGAAGUUGAUGACAUGGGAGAGCAUCUCGUGAAACUGUUGACGGCAUUUGAUCCUCACUCUGGGACAGCAUCAGACUCAGAUUAGCUUGUUCUCUUCCCCCUCAUGAAUCUGUUUUGCUUGCCAGAAUUGUGUGGAUGAACUUGAGGUUUCUACAAUGUUUUCUCCCAGGAGAAGUAUCAGAAAGACUCUACUCUGGUUUGUACUUUUCCUCAUUUUUGCAAGGUUUCUCUUUGGAUUUUGAUUCAAGUUCAAGUUUCUAUCCGAGGACCAAUAGGAUCAUGUAUCAGAGUAGCUUAGGAACUGUAUCGGAAGUGCAGCACAAGAUACUUUGGGAUCAAUUUACAGGCAAGAUAGUUCCUGCCUGGACCACCAUAGUAGAAGAGGGGCUCUGUCCAGAGUCUGCAAAAUUCUCAGCACUAAUAGCAGUUUUACUUGGUUGCUGUGGGUGAUAUAUGGGUAAGCAUAUUUGUAAUAUCCAGAGAAGUCCUUGAUCCUCGGCUGUCGAAUAAGGCAGCAAAGGUUCCAGAGCCCAUGGCAGUGGUUGGGUGUGGCGAAUCCCAUAUCCUUGGACUAGAGACAUCUCCGCUGAAUAAAGCCAAAGUAGCUGUUCUGCUCAAUCCUUCAAAAAGAGAAGUUUGAUAAUAUCCAACUGGAGUGUCGCCCUAUACCACCCACCACCUCUGUCUAAAGUCCUGAAAAAUGCAUUUUUUAAGUUUGCUAUGAUACCUUCUAGAUAUUAGUCGCGGAAUUUGAAAGUCAUAGUUUACCUUCCAGACUUCUAGCAGAAACUCCUACUGAGGUCUGCUAAAUGUAGAUACUUGAGAAAAGGUUGCUCUGGGCUAUCUCGCUACUUGUUUGGACAAAGCCUGGACAAACGAGGUUGAAGCAGCCUGCUUCCAUCUGAGUUGGUCUGUUCGGUUCGAGAAGUAUGUGUAUGAGUUCUAAAAACAUGUGAAGAUUACAAAUGGAGAUACUA